AUGAGAAUUCCACAAGUUUUUGCCUUUGCUGCAGCUGUAGCUGCAGUGACAAUCCCACGCUCCAAGCACUCUUCUCCCACCCCGUUCACAAAUGUGACCAUCUUCUCACCACCUUCGGACUACAUCGUUCCACGGACACUUUACCCGCGAAACGAGCAGCUUCCCAACGGUGACCUUCUUGCAACAUGGGAAAACUACUCCCCAGAGCCACCGGCUGUCUACUUUCCCAUCUACCGUUCCAAGGACCACGGAAAGACCUGGAAGGAGAUCUCCAAGGUCCACGACACUGUCAACGGAUAUGGCCUACGCUACCAGCCGUUCCUCUACUCUCUGCCCGAGCGCGUCGGCUCAUUCAAAAAAGGCACUCUACUUCUGGCCGGUAGUAGUAUUCCGACUGACCUGUCAUCCACAAACAUCGAUCUUUACGCGUCACAGAACGACGGCUUAACUUGGAAGUUUGUCAGUCAUAUUGCUGCAGGAGGAGAGGCGGUGCCGAACAAUGGACUGACUCCUGUGUGGGAGCCAUUCCUACUUGCCCACAAGGGCAAGCUGAUUUGUUAUUACGCCGAUCAGCGGGACAAUGCAACUUACGGACAGGCAAUAAGUCACCAGGUCUCAACUGAUCUGAAGAACUGGGGGCCUGUUGUAGAGGAUGUUGGCUAUCCGACAUAUACCGACCGACCCGGCAUGCCAGUUGUAACCAAGCUCCCGAACGGUCAAUACUUCUAUGUCUAUGAAUAUGGCUCUUUCUUCGGUACCUCAAGCUACUCAUUCCCUCUGUACUACCGUUUGUCGUCCGACCCCGAAAAGAUUGCCUCCGCCCCGGGCCAGCGUCUGGUUGUCUCGAGUGGUACUAAGCCGACAUCUUCGCCAUACGCUGUGUGGACACCUUAUGGUGGUAAAAAUGGCACCAUCAUUGUCAGCUCCGGUACACAGAGUACUUUGUUCAUUAACAAGGCUCUUGGUGAAGGGGAGUGGACAGAGAUCGCUUCGCCCCAAGAACACGGCUACUCACGGUCUCUGCGGGUACUGUCUGGGAAUGGAGGUCGUUACCUGGCUGUGCAUUCUGCAGGAGUGCUACUCGGCACCAACAAUCGGGUCUCAAUCAACAUGCCUGACGAUGCAAGCGAUCUCCCGCCCUUUCCAUAUUUCUCUCUCCACAAUCAGCCUCAUUUCCACACAUCCCCAGCCAUGUUAGACUGCUCUGUGGAAGAGGAUGCCUUUGGCCCAAUUGUCGCUCCUUCUUGCCUGAACGGAUUUGACUUCACCCUCUUGUUUGAAGAGAUUAUUCUUACCCUUGCGCCGAUCGGUCUUGUCUGUUUGGCAGCAUCAAUUCGCAUUCGGAGGCUUUCCGGCGUCCCUGAAAAAGUCAAUCGGUCAUGGUUGUAUGCCGCAAAGGAGUUAUCAUGGCUGUUUUACAUAGGAUGCCAUAUGGCCAUGCUAGCUCUCUGGUGUCAACCUGUCACAUUCAAAACAAGAGCAACUGUACUUACAACUUUUGCGGCUGUGCUCAUUUCCCUUCCUCUGGCCUACUUGUCUCAUCUUGAGCACCUCCGCUCGAUACGCCCAUCCACAGUGAUCAAUGUCUUCCUUGUAUUUACCCUGCUGUUCGACCUCGUACGCCUUCGAACUCUGUAUUUUAUGCCCACCACUCAAACUGUGACCAUACUUUUUGCGAUAUCGUGGGUCAUCAAAGCGAUAAUUCUCAGUUUGGAGGCGACAGAAAAGAGGUCUUUGCUCAAAAAGAGAUACCAAAAUAGCCCGAUCGAGUCGACCAGUGGCGUGCUGAAUCGCGCUAUAUUUUGGUGGCUGAAUGAACUACUUUGGCGCGGGUCAAAAGAUAUUUUGACAGUUGACAGCCUUCCUGCUCUCGACAACGACAUCAGAGCUGCUUCAAAUCCCCAGUCUCUCCUUGAAAGAUGGGACAAAGCCGACAAAUAUCAUCGAAAUUCACUCUUAUGGACCUUCGUAUCUCACUACAAAUGGGCCUUUCUGGAGGGUGUUUUACCCCGGCUUGCAUAUACGGGUUUUUGCUUUGCACAGCCUUUUCUCGUCGAGCGCGUACUCAAUUUUAUGACUGAACCAGAACACGUUAACUCCGCCAACUAUGCCUACGGACUCAUUGGUGCCUACGCCAUUGUAUAUCUCGGCAUCGCCAUCUCAUAUGCUGCUUAUGAGCAUAAGACGUACCGCGUUAUUACUAUGGUCCGAGGAAGUUUAGUCACACUCAUCUUCAGCAAAACUCUACGAAUGAGCACUACGGCUAUCUCAGAUACUGCUGCCAUCACCCUGAUGAGUACCGACAUCGAACGAAUCGGAAGCGGUCUCAGAGAGAUGCACGAGUUAUACUCCAACGUUACCGAGGUUGUAUUGGCCUUGUGGUUGUUAGCACGACUGCUGAAUGUAGCAACAAUUGCGUCCACCGCGGUUGUUGUCGUAUGUUUGGCUGCAGGUGUCCCAUUGGCAGUUGCUUGUGGAAAAGCACAAGGCAUAUGGCUCGAGGCUGUCGAAGAGCGGGUGACUGUUACUUCAAAGGUUCUCGGGGUGAUGAAAAACAUCAAGAUGACUGGCUUGACAGAGACUGUCUCCAGCAGUCUUCGGGAUUUGCGAUCUGCCGAAAUCGAUGCUUCGUUUCUAUUUCGACUCUACGAAACAUUGGGGAUUACACUAGGGUAUGCCUCUUCAUCCUUAGCCCCGCUGUUUGGAUUUGGUGUUUAUGUUAUUCUUGCCCGAGCGAACGACACAACUCCACUAACGAAUGGUCUGGCGUUUUCUGCGCUGACACUCUUUUCGUUGCUGGAUCAGCCAAUGGGCUCCAUCGUGAAUGGCUCAGAGGAUCUGAUGGCGGUGGUCAACUGCUUUCAGCGGAUCCAAAAGCACAUGAUGGAAACGGAAAGAGUCGACCAUCGACUGAAGCACGAUCCUCGAGCGUCCCAAUCAGCGCAAAGCUCUAGCAGAUCACCUUUGAUUGAGGCAGAUUCCUCGGCCUGGGAACAAUACAUCGAGCCCUGUGCUAUCAUUCAAAACGUCUCUGCAGCUUGGUCAAUUGACACUGAGCCGGUACUGAAAGACCUAAACAUUGACAUCCAAGAGUCCAAGAUUACAAUGGUUGUUGGGCCUGUUGGGAGUGGCAAGUCUACUUUUUUGAAGAUGCUCAUGGGAGAGACCCCAGAAUGUUCUGGUUCAAUUUCUACCAGCUUCACUCAUGCCGCAUAUUGCAGUCAGUCGCCGUGGAUUACAUUCGGAACAAUCCAAGAGAAUAUUGUUGGUGCAUCGCCAUGGGAUCGACCCUGGUACGACCAGAUUACCAAGGUAUGCGCUUUAAAAGCCGACUUCCAACAACUUCCUGCAGGGGAUCAGACGAAAGUCGGCGUUCGGGGUUCUCGACUCAGUGGUGGACAGCAAAUGCGCGUGGCGCUUGCGCGGGCUCUUUAUUCGAAAGAACCUGUUCUUAUUUUAGAUGACGCUUUAACGGGUCUUGACCGAGAAACCGAAAGGAUAAUUCUAGAGAAUUUGUUUGCUGAAGAUGGUUUCAUGAAACGUUCUCGGCAAACAGUAAUUAUGGGAACAAACUCAGCGCAUCAUCUUCUUUAUGCCGAUAACGUCAUCGCGUUGGAUGAAGAUGGGAGAAUAAUCCAACAUGGAUCGUAUAGUGAUCUCAUGAAUUCUGCCGGCUAUAUCAGAAUGCUCUCCGAUGGUGUUCACUCGGCCAACAGCACUUCCCGAGCCCCUGAUGUUGUAUUGGAUGACGAAACGUUGCGGGAAUUGAACUUGGAUGGCCAACAUACGGAUUUAAGUCGACGGACUGGUGACUGGACUGUCUAUCGCUUUUAUUUUCAGAACAUUGGCUGGCCUCUUCUGUCUGUCUUCCUUGCGUUAUGUGUUCUCUUUAUUCUCGGUCUCAGCUUUCCUCGUCAGUAUCAACAAGCCUACCUAAACAGCUGGUUCCACGCGUUGCUAACCGUCUAUACAGAAAUAUGGUUGCAGUGGUGGACUAGUGCCAAUGAGCAGCAUCCCAACGAACAUGUUUAUUAUUGGUUAAGUGUAUAUGCUGCACUUGGUUUCUUCUCACUUCUAACUACCUUUGCUGGCACUUGGGUCCUCGGCAUGAUCAUACAGCCCAGAACAUCUCGUCGGUUCCACGAGAUUAUCUUGCGUACUACACUAGGAGCGACAACGUCCUUUUUGACUUCUACCGAUAUUGGAAACACUACAAAUAGAUUUAGUCAAGAUCUCGAACUCAUUGACAACGAGCUGCCUUCAGCCUUGGAGCUAACAGUCAAUGCUGCGCUAAGCUGUGUUAUAGAAGGAUUUUUAGUCUUUGUUGGCUCUUCUUAUGUCACAGCAGCAGUUAUCCCAGCCUGCGUCCUGUUGGUAUACUACGUGGCAAAGUUCUACGUCCAGACCUCUCGUCAAAUGCGUCUGCUAGACAUUGAAGCCAAAGCACCUUUAUUCUCGCAAUUCUUAGAAGCCCUCAGCGGUCUCCCCAGCAUUCGAGCCUACGGCUGGACAGAGGAUUACCAGCGCCGUAAUCAAAUUGCCCUCGACGCUUCCCAGCGCCCUUCCUAUCUGCUUUAUUGUAUUCAGCGCUGGAUUGGACUUGUGUUAGAUCUGAUAGUGGCAUGUAUUGCUGUCAUCGUUAUCGCUGUUGCAAUCUCGAUGAAGGGCAGCCCUUCCAUGAACCUAUUGGGCAUCGCGUUAUUCAAUAUUGUCAACUUCAGUGGCACCCUUCAGACUCUUGUGACAUACUGGAUUGGAUUGGAAACCUCUAUUGGAGCCGUUGCUAGAAUUCGCUCAUAUGUGCUACAAGCCACCACCGAGGAUUUGGACUCCGAAACAGAGGCCGUUCCCGAAGACUGGCCUCAGCAGGGUGGUAUUGAUAUCACUGGCCUUUCAGCAUCUUACGAUGCCUCUGUGGAGCCUGUUCUUAUUGGAAUUGAUCUCAGAAUUCACCCUGGUGAAAAGGUUGCUCUCUGCGGCAGGACUGGCAGCGGGAAAUCCUCCCUUGUUUCGGCAAUUCUGCGAAUACUAGAGCUGAAUAGCGGCACGAUUCUCAUUGAUGGUAUAGACAUCUCAAAAGUCUCCAGAGCACACGUUCGGUCCAGAAUCAACACCAUUCCACAACAGCCCUUUUUCCUCCAUGGCACGGUACGGCUAAACGCCAACCCCGAGGGAAAUGCGACUGAUGAAACAAUUAUUGCCUCCCUCCGAGCAGUCAAUCUAUGGUCCUAUAUUCAACUCAAAGGAGGGCUGGAUGUCGAUAUGUCUGAUGAUUUUCUGUCUCAUGGGCAGCAACAGCUUUUCUGCCUUGCAAGAGCACUUUGCAAGUCCAGCAAUAUUAUCAUUAUGGACGAGGCCACUAGCAGUGUGGACUCGGAAACAGAUACGCUCAUGCAAACCGUCAUCCGUACGCAAUUCAAGAAUCAAACUGUCAUCGCCAUUGCGCACAAACUGCAUACAAUUCUAGACUUUGACAAAGUUGCUCUCAUGGAAAACGGCAAAAUUGUGGAGUUCGAUACACCCAAGGCGCUUUUAUCAAAGAAGGGGUCGGCUUUUAGGACUUUGUUGGAGGCUUUUCAUGACAGUCCCAAAGAAUAG